AUGAACCGCAAGCAAGUGACCAUCAUGGGGGCCGUCCUCGGCUCCAUCGUCGGCCUGGUCAUCGUCAUUGGGAUACUAUACCAAAUCAGCAAGUGCCGGCCUGGGGCUGCGACGCGAGACAACGAGGUGCGAAGCACGCCCUUCACGCGCGGCGAGGCGCCCGCGUCGGCGUGGUUUGCCGGGCGGCGGCACACCGAGGCACAGGCGCAGGCGCAGGCGGCGCUGCCGCCCCCGCCGUACGCUGCUGCGCCGGUCGGACAGCGGCUCAGCGUGCCCUCGGCGCCGACACCGGCACAUCUGCCGCCAAGCCCCGUGACGAGUCUGCCGCCAUACCGGCCUUCAGCGAAAUAG